AUGAACCUGGAGCGGGUGCUCACUUUCUGUGAUGAUGAGUGUGCCUGCUGGGGGUGUCUGUUUUGGGCCAGUGGUUAUUUCUUGGUUCUACUGGAUUUGGGGGAACUCAUUAGAUGCCAAAAUGGAAGCGUGGUACAAAUUGGAGAAUUGUUGCCUUGCAAGAUCUGUGGAAGAACCUUCUUUCCAGUUGCCUUAAAAAAGCAUGGGCCAAUUUGUCAGAAAACUGCUACCAAAAAACGGAAAGCCUUUGAUUCAAGUAGGCAGAGGGCUGAAGGAACUGAUAUUCCAACAGUAAAACCACUUAAACCUCGGCCAGAACCUCCAAAGAAACAGUCUAAUUGGAGAAGAAAACAUGAAGAAUUCAUUGCCACCAUAAGGGCAGCUAAAGGGCUUGAUCAGGCACUUAAAGAGGGUGGCAAACUUCCACCACCACCUCCACCUUCUUACGAUCCUGAUUACAUUCAGUGUCCAUAUUGCCAGAGGAGAUUCAAUGAAAAUGCAGCUGACAGACAUAUUAAUUUCUGUAAGGAACAAGCUGCUCGUAUUAGUAAUAAAGGCAAAUUUUCUACUGAUACUAAAGGAAAGUCAACUUCUCGAGCACAGUACAAGCCUCCUGCUUUUAAAAAGACAAAUUCUCCAGGAACAGUACCUUCAGCAUCAUCACGCUUACCACAGCCAAGUAGCGUUAGCAAGUCUGUUGUAGCUGUACCUUCAAGUAAAGGGUCUUCUGUCAGUGGCUCUUUUGGAAGCAAACUUCAGAACUUAUCUCCUUCCCAUAAAGGAGUAGCAGCUCCACAUUCAGGAGGUAGCACGAAAACACGAGCUUCGACACCACCUAGUUUGGCAAGAAAUUCUAUACCGAGUGUGUUACCAAACAAAAGGAAAACCUAUAAUGCUGAUAGUUACACAAACAGGUCAGAUGUAGAUUAUUCAUCUGUCAAUGGAGGAAGCUUUAAAGGCAAUGAAGGAAAUUCAUCUGGACAAUUACCAAAAUUCUGCCAUGAAUGUGGAACUAGAUAUCCAGUGGAAUGGGCGAAAUUCUGCUGUGAAUGUGGCAUUCGAAGAAUGGUUCUAUGAAAAGUAAAAGAAAGACCCAAGCCCAGAGUUCUGUAGAUACUGCUUCAUAGAAACUUAGAGCACUUCUCCAGUUAUUUUAUGCUACAAAUAUGCAAACACAGUACUUUUUUUAGUGCAAUCCUUUUUGGCUGCAUAAUUUAUAUAUAGACUUUGUACAUACUCUGUGUAAAUAAUAAAUAUCAGGUGCCCACAAAUAUGUCAUUUAGGAAAAUAUUCUUUCAGCUUAAUAUAUUUUCAAAUGGACACAUGCUAAGUUAUAGAUAGCAACUUUCAUUUUGUUUGUUAAAAGCACAUUAUCCCAACAUAGUCUAAACUUACCCCUUUGAAAUUUUGGCUUUCAGAAGAUAAUUGAACACAUUAUUUUAAUUUAAUCCUACCUUUAAAAGGUUAUAGGAUUGUAGAU